AACAAUGCAAACUAAAACAUGGCGAACGACGAUGAUUCUGUUCUAUUUGAUCGAACGUCGCUUUUGGACGUUAUUGAGGACAAGAACAGGACUCUCAAUAAGGUAAAAUGACAAGGCCUAAAAAUUAUUAAACGUUUUAUGCAUAGAUCAAGAAUAAUUCAAAGUAAAUAUUUGCACAAUUUUCCUUUCUCGAGCGAUUGUUUGCGUUUAUGCUCAUAUGAAAGGCUUGAGCUAGCGGUUAGUCGUUCAGUUUCUAGCCAAAAUGAAUGAAGGCGAAACAACAACAUUAGAAACUAUGAGACGUUAUGUCUAUGAAAAUUCAGAUACUCCUGAACCACAUCAACAUUCAAAUUUAUUUGAAUUAAAGUUGGAUAGAGUCUACGUAGCUGAAUCUGGAUAUAAAAACCUAUUACAUAGGGCCGUUAUAGUUUGUAAAACAAAAGGAAAGAAUAACUUCGAAGAAAUCGGAAGAUACUAUGAAAAAUUUUUCGUUACUGCUGCAAAUCAACUUCAAACCGAAACUGCACAUGGAUUGCUAUUAGUUUACCCUGAGUACUGUGUGCACGUGGUAGAGGCUUCUAUGGAAAUGAUUUUGGAAUUGUUAAGAGAUAUAACAAACACUACCCCAGAAAAUGAAUACAGAACGAAUAUAGCUAAAUUAUUGUCUAUAUCUCGGGAUAUACCCUAUCCAUUAUAUCAAUCAUGGUCUUAUCGGAGUAUAGAUAUUGUUGCUCAGAAGAUUGACGAAUACGAACCUUCAGAGACAGAAGAUAAGCUAGUUAUUGAUAUGUUAACCCAACUUUUAAAAUUGGGUAAGCAUUUAAAGCAAACCAAGGAAAGGACGAAUAGCGAUGGAGGUUCGGCCAAAUCGAACCAAAUGCGUAUGAGUGUUGUAAGUGACCAAGAAAAUAUUUAGUUUUAGAAAUCCAAGCUUAUUUUAUGAAAACAAAAUUUUUGUUUUGGCUUAUUUUUUGUUUCCAAUCAUUUUUUCGAAGAAGAUUAUUUAUGUGAUUUAUGUAGCUUUGUUAGAUUUUUAAAUAUUCUUUAUGUAUGAUCCUCAUACUGUAUAUUGCAUGAAUCGAUUUGUUUACUUUUUUUUGUCGAUUUCCUAUUUUUGCAUAUUCAAUUUUGUACCAUUUUGAUAAAAAAAUUUUGUGGUAAACUUAAAAACUAUUUUCAUUAAAUUAUCAUCUGCAGGCCCUUGGUGGAGCACCAGUAUCUGAUUCCCUGCAUGAAAGAGUACCCGAACUUUUACCUAGACAAGAGGUGUUAGGUUAUCUGCUGGAUAAUCAAGUUGAUUGUAUUAUGACGCCUAGAGACCUUAUUGAAAAGUACGAUACACCAUUUGAUGUGGCUUUGGCAGGAGAUAUGGUGUGGCCCUUAAACGUGCGGCUAUUUCCGUAUAGUUAGGCAAAAAGAUUUACUGUAUACAAUCAGCAUAAUUUAAUUUUUAUUAUAAUAAACGAGAUGUAAAUGAAUUCAAAUUAAGUUGUUGAAAUUAUCAUUUAAAACUUUCUUUUUCAUUUCUUUCUUUUCAUUUUUCUUUUCAUUUUUCUUUUCAUUUUUCUUUUC